AUGCUUCUUGAGGAGGACCCGGCGACACUGAUCAACCACACCGUCACAAACUUCAAUAUCCAACCUGACAAACAAACAGUUGCCCGUAUUAAUGACUCCCUCUCUUCCCUCCAGCAAUCCCGCGAUCUCCGCGCCCGCGAUGCUGAAAUCUCCCUCCGCAAGCUUUCCCGCAGCCUCAACACCCUCACCGCCCAGCACAACGAAACUAUAGCGUCCCAUGACCCUGCGCGUCAUGCUGCAUCCAUAGUAGAACUGGAUACGAAGAAGUUCAGAAUUGCGAAAACCGCUUCCGAGCUGGAGAUGGAAAGUGAGCGGCUGGAAGCGGAGCUAGAGGCGCUGAAACACCGGCUGGCGGAUUUGGAUGCCCAAGGGCUGGAGGGAGACGAGCAGGCUAGGAGGCAGCGAGAGGCAGAUGAUGCAACAAUGCAAGCAACUAUCCCCGCAUAUUGA